AAGAAAAUGAGAUCUGGACUGCUUAAUGAAGGUUCCUAUACUGAGAAGAGACCCAAUCGGGUUAUUAUCUAUGGAAAGCUGAUUUUCCAAAUUGCAAUGAUUAUCUUCUCUUUUGUUUCCUUGAUCUUUGCCAUAUCUGCAUACAGUAGUCUUGAAAGCCACCAUUAUGCCGUAAAGGAAUAUAUCAGAAACUGGGAGACCUUACCUCUAGUUGAUAUCAAAGUGAGUGAGACCUCUUGUCCUGAAGGAUACAAGCCUAUUUUAGAAAGAAAGUGGCCAGGAACUACCUAUGGAUGAGAUUGUAGAUAUAGCACGGAGUAUAUACAAAAUCUCUAUAAGUAUUCUUGUAGUACUAAUCAGACAGAUUCUGGAUGAUACGAUGUAUAUCCAACUCCCUCUGUUCCUCUUACGAGAAUGUAUAAUAAUAUCCUUUGUGGAAAAAGAGAUGGAGAAGACUUUGUAAAUUCAAUUAGGCCUGUAGAUGGGCAAUGUCCAGAAGGAUACAAACUAUCUCAUCCUGGAGAUAAAAAUAAGGCUCUAUGCGUUAAGAAUGAUCAGCAAAUCCCUAUUAAUGACAUUAAAGUUCUAGACAGGAAUUCUCCAACUCCUGAAGGCUUUACCGAGCUAUUGCUUGGAGAUAACUUCAGGAUUGCGUAUACAACUCAAAGCAAUAACCUUCCAAUGGUGCAGUUUAGACUAACAGAAGAGGGUGUUUGUGCAGAUAAAAGAGAGUACUCAAAAUCUAGAGGAAGAGAUUUAUAUAUACUUAUCGAUUCUAGUUCAUAUGAUUAUUGUAGCACCAAACUAGGUGAUGUAUAUACCGAUUCUAGGUUCGAAAAGGUUGGAGAAAUUUUAGAGAAACGUCUCUUUGACGAGAAUGGAGUUACAGCUAAUAUUCAAAAAUUGCCAUACUAUCCCUUGAGUGACUCAAACAAGUAUGUUUGGAACUUAUUCCAAAACUCAUUUUAUUCUUGGGAUCUUAAUUGAGAAUUGCAGAGUGGUUACUCUAGAGAAUUAAUGGUGGACUUAAUGAAUGAUGCUUUAACAGUGGGCUCAAAACAGCUUUCUUUAAUGUUGAUCUGAAUCUUCAAUACUAUUGUUUCUAGUCUUAUGUUCGGAUUAUUAUCCAUCUAUUUUCUUAUCAAGGAUUUGAAGCAAGAAUAUGAAGCAGGGUGAUAUAGACUGGUUCAUGCUAUUGUUGCUCCUUUGGUAAAAUGGGGAUUCUUUGCUGCAAAAGUCGCUUUUUAUAUUAUCUGUCUCAGAGUCAUUUCCCAGUACCAUGAUAGCAUAGCAGAAAUGAAUGAUGCACAAUGUGCAGACCAAAUGGCAACUAUUUACCUUAAAAACUUUGGAAAUAAUCUCCUCAAUACAAAGAGCAAGAACAUAAAUGGAUUAGUCACAACUAGUAUCUCUAUCGUACUGAGUUUCUUGAUGCUCAUGCUAACCUGCAUUUCAUAUACCAUCAAAUUGGUAAGGAGUAAGUAAAACUUGAUCAAUAAUACAUUCAAC